AUGUUGCCAGCAGAUCUGGCAGUAAAUGUCAUGACGGCACCAAAAGCCACAUUGAGAUUUGUUUUGCAAGUUGAGUCAGACUUUUAUAAAAUAACAGAUAUCUGUUUUGAUGAUACUCAAUUGAAGACUUUGUAUAGUAACUUCACAUUUGUGUCUGGUAUUGGUGGCUACCAAGUAGGAUUUCCAAGACCAAGUUUUAUACAAGAUGACUUCUACCCUGAGAUCUCAGUUGACAAUCUCUACACAAGAAACUCAGCUGACUCUUAUCUAGCUAGGGGCCACUACACAGCCAAAGCCGAUUUUGUUUAUGGUUCCCAACACAGAGCUACUUUCCAUUUUGUAAACAUUUCCCCACAGUGGCAAACUUUCAAUGGAGCAAAUUGGAAUGCACUUGAGAUGAGUGUACGAACCUAUGCUGACAGGAAUAAACUCAAUCUUGAUGUGAACACUGGAACAUAUGGUGUUGCAACAUUACCAAAUGUUAAUGGCAUUGAGAAUGAGUAUGUACAGUCCCAAGACACAGAUUAUUUGAUUUGUAAUGAUGUUCACUCAAAAAUUUCUUGGCUUCAAUGGGAUCAGACGAGUAUUGAGGAAGGAUAUUCCCUCUGCUGCGAUGUUGAUGAAUUUAGGUCCACAGUCAGUACCCUCCCAGAAUUCAGUGUAAGUGGCCUGCUAAUAUAUGUGAACAUAUGCAGCAGCUGUUCUCUGUAGCGGUAUCAAAUAUAGUUCCCAAGCAGGACACAUGACCAUAUGCUCUAAAAUGCUAUAACAUCCUCAAUUUACAUUACACCAUUUUUAGUAAUGUCCUAUGAUGUCCACGAAAGCUUCAACAAAAUAUUAAAUAUUAGAAUAUCAUCUUUGGGUAGAGAAAUUUUCAACAUUUUUACACAGCUUACAAAAUGGAGUACUUUCAUUUGUUCCACUGUUGCAACACUAUACACCCAUUGUCAUAUCCCAUAAUUCCUGUAGAGA